ACGUCAUGUCAUGGCAAUCGAUGAGGUCAGACCAUGCUUCCGCGGCUCCGAGACAACCUGUUCGACAUGCUCGGCGGCGGUUCUCCAUCUCCCCGUAGAGCCUCGCUUCAACAGAAGCGCCGUCUGUCGACGGAGCAUUCUCCCAAUUCCUGGGGCGCAGCAACGACGGGAAACUUGUAUGGCGGUUUAUCAACGGUGUUCGAGAAGGAUAAAGUCAUUUUCGCUGUCGCCAUCCGUGAUGCAACUUACCUGGUGGACUUUGCGCAAGAGGAACUGCCCUUCAGCGAGAGCGAUGACUUGGAUUUAAAGAUUGGGGACCACAUGAUGAGACACUUAUAUAAGUGGUGCGAUACACAUCUUGAAAAGAUGAUAGGAUUGGCUAUUCCGAAACAACUGGCGCACACAUGUCCCACGAUCUGCUCCCGCCUAUGGUUAGAGCUCGAUAUCAUCCCCUUGGUGCUGUCAGACAACAGCAAGCUCGAUUUCCGCGGUGAGGAUCUGCAAUAUGGCUUUCAGCAGUCCGCAGACUGGGAACUCAGGACUCUGGACGAACAAGCAGAGUCCAUGGCUAGGAAAUGCGUUCGAUUAUUCGGCCCAGAGGGAACUCCUUUGCUACAAGUCGGGCUUUCCGGCCUCGUCCAGGUUGACACGGCUUUUCAUGUGCAGUUGACCAACAAAGAUAACUACAAAAAUUCUGUGACUGCCAAUACGUGGAAAGCCAUCGAACACUAUGCCGACGACCUCAGGAACCGAAAGGUUAAGUUGGCUUUCUUCAGCGCCACUCCGCAAGGGGGAGGGGUUGCCCUUAUGAGACACGCUAUGGUGAGGUUUGCCCAUUCUAUAGGGACUGACAUGAAAUGGUAUGUACCGAAACCACGACCAGGCGUCUUUCGUAUCACCAAGACGAAUCACAACAUCCUUCAAGGUGUCUCUGCGCCCGAGGAGCGUCUUACCGACGAAAACUGGGAGCAAGUUACCAACUGGAUACAAGAGAAUGCGGACAGAUAUUGGUUGCGGCCUGGAGGUCCGCUCGAGCAUCCAUCGAAAGGUGGCGCAGACGUCAUUGUCAUCGACGACCCGCAAAUGCCUGCGUUGAUUCCUUUGGCGAAACAGAAAGCUCCAGAGAGGCCGGUUGUCUUCCGUAGCCAUAUACAGAUCCGAAGUGACCUGGUCGACCAGGAUGGAAGUCCACAAGCAGAGUGCUGGGGCACCAUGUGGAAGGACAUUCAGAAGGCCGACAUUUUCGUUAGCCAUCCUGUUAAAUCUUUCGUACCAAAGAUCGUUCCCCGUGAAAAGGUGGGCUACAUGCCGGCGUCGACAGACUGGCUGGACGGACUGAACAAGAACAUGAGAAACGAAGAUAUCGCCUAUUACGGACGAAUCUUCAACUCCUGGGUGCGAAAUUCAGGAAUGCCGGUCAUUGACUAUCCUGCAGACGAGUAUAUUGUCCAGAUUGCACGCUUCGACCCAUCCAAAGGCAUCCCGCACGUAAUCGAGUCCUACGAGAAAUUCCACCAGCGUAUGCAGGACUAUUGCCCGGAUAAGCCUAUACCCAAGCUCUUGAUCUGUGGCCACGGCUCCGUCGAUGACCCGGAUGGCUCGAUCAUUUACGACCUGGCCGUCAGAUAUAUUGAGGACUCUAUUCCCGACCUCGCCGACCAGAUCUGUGUCGUCCGCCUUGGCCCAUCUGACCAAGUCCUCAACGCACUCAUGUCCAAAGCCAAAGUGGCUCUCCAGCUUUCUACCCGCGAGGGGUUCGAAGUCAAGGUUUCCGAAGCUAUUCAUAAGGGUCGGCCGGUUAUUGCCACCAGAGCCGGCGGUAUCCCGUUGCAGGUAAUCGACAAAGGUAACGGGUUCUUGGUAGAUGUCGGCGAUACGGAUGCUGUGGCCAAGCAUUUAUUCGACCUGUGUACCGACGACGUGCUGUGGAAGAAGAUGCAUGAGUUCGCGCUGGCCCAUGUGUGUGACGAGGUGAGCACGGUGGGUAACUCGCUGAACUGGUUGUAUCUUGCUUCGAAGCUCUCCAAGGGGGGAGUAAUCAAGCCGAACGAGCGUUGGCUCAAUGAUAUGGCGCGCGAAGAUGCAGGUAUCCCCUACCAGGAGGGUGAGGACCGGCUAAAGCGGGAGCUUGAAGUGCAGAAGAUGGGUUAGCAUUUAUUCUCUCAGAGAAGCUUUUUGUACAUAUUAGCGCCUGAGAUACAUCUCAACUAUUUUUGAGCGAUAGGCCAGCUAUCCGCGAACAAAGG